GGGGGACGCCCUGUGGGGCCUCCUCUUCUUCCUGUGUUCGUCUCUCCCCUCCCUGCAGCAGCCGCCCGCCCGCCCCGCGCGAGGAAGGUAAAGUCUUGCCGUCCAGUCCCUGUUGCCGUCGACGGCGCGACGGAGGCGACGGGUCAAGGCGCCCCGUCGACCCCCAUCCCCCGUGCCUGCGACUGCGCCCCCUUCCUCCUCUGCUCCGGCCUCCGGCGUUCCCCUUCCCCCCUCGGCGCCAAGGAAGAGAGGGUUCACAGUCGUCGGCCGCUCGCUCCUCGCCUCUACCCAUCGCGCGUGGAGCCGGUGAGGGGCUCGUGGGCGGGCGCGACGUUGGAAGAGGACUUGGAUCUGCCUCCAUCCAGCAACGGAGGACGGGAGACAUCCUCUUGCUCUCCCAGUUCGGCUGAUCCCCACUGUUGCCGGCGACCGGCUUCUUCAGCUGUCCGUGAGUUGAGUGCCCGCCACCUGUUCGACGGAAUACUCGAGAUGGCUGCGGCGAGUGACAGAGAUUCUUUUGGAGACCUCCCCGACGAGCUCUUAUGGCGUGUGCUGUCCUUCCUGCCGGCGGAUGAUGCCCUGCAGACCUGCGUGCUGGACACCCGCUGGCGCGACCUCUGGAGGCACGCAACCAGCCUGCUAUUUGUCUUUGACGGGCCAACUUUCCCGCGAUAUAGCCGUUUCGAACAGUUGGUGAAGCCGGUCAUCCAUCUCCGCGGAAACUCACUUCUCGUCAGGUGUGAGAUCGAUACGUAUCCCGACGAUGAGCCGGAGGACACGUUCACAAACACCAGGCUGCUGAUUGACUACGCUCUGGCAUGCAAAGCUGAGGAGCUCGUGGUAAGAGCUGCUGAUGUUAAGUAUGACCAACCAGUGUUCGAUGUGCCUCUCAGCCUCAUCUCCCAACACCUCAAGACCAUACACCUUGAACGGGUGAACCUUGACUGCUCUGACCUGAAGUUCUCAGGCUGCCCAGUCUUACAGGAUCUAACAAUUCAAUUCUGCAAUAUUCAUGCACGCAAGAUGUCAUCCAAAUCACUAAAGCGCCUAUUCAUCAUCGACUGUUGUUCUUUACCUGACAUCGUGCGCCUUCGGAUUUGUGCCCCGAGUCUCAUCUCACUGCAGCUAGAGGUUUUUGAAGGCUUGACACCUUUUCUUGAAAACAUGCCAUUGCUAGAAACUGCCCAUGUUAACCUUGAUGGUGGAUGCCAUGAUCAUUGUCGCAGUAAUCGGGGGGUUUGUGAUAAUUUUGUCUGUGGUUGUCAUACAUAUCCUGUCAAGGAGGGGGUGCUUCUCAACGGUUUGUCCAAUGCUGCCAAGUUGGACUUGAUAGCUCUACCUAAAAUGUUUCUCUACAGAUGGGAUUUGAAAUGGUGCCCUGUCUUUGGCAAAUUAAAGACUCUGUUAAUCAAUAAAUGUUUUACGGCUAUUGACUUAGUUUGCAUUCUUCAACACUCUCCAGUUCUUGAGAUGCUCACUCUUCGGUUCGAUAAUACUGAGAACAUUGUAGGAGCAACAGGAGCCCAGGAAACAAUAGAACAACCACUUACGUGUGCAUGCCUUAAGUUUGUUCACAUUGAAUGUGAAAAGGUUGAUGAGGGGGUUCGUGAAAUUUUGAAUAUGUUGGGUAGAUUCGGCAUACUUCCAAAUUAGCAUCAAGCAGGAUCCACGUCCGGACUCAGAUUAUAAGUUACCCUUCCUACCUAUUCUAACAUGUCUGAUAUAAUAAUAAGGAUGUAUGACACCACCUCCAAAUCCAUCCAGAUUUCGUAUCCAUUAUCCUUUUGUAUUAAUUGGAUUUGAAUGCUGAUGGAGUUUAGAAUGGCUAUUAUAUUUCAACACAAUCUA